AUGGCUUCGCUGAGUAACGAGGUGCCCGUUCCCGCGCCGGCUGGUGUAUCUGCAGCGUCAGCAGCAAAAACCGUUUCGGGGUUGGUGUCUAAACCGCUUGUGGCCGCCGCCGCAGCCGCUGCUGUGCACGGAGCCAGCCAGAUAGUUGACGAUGGAGGUGAUGGGGAGCGUUGCACGCUUCUUCCGGGGAUAUUUGGGCUCUCCAUCCAGCUGUUUCUGUGCAUUAUCUCCAUUGCAGUUGUGUUUAUCAAGUACAGGAUGGAGACUCCUAGGCGCUCUCUGCCCGCGUUUUUGAUGGACUUCAUCACGUUAAUGUGCGGUUCUGGGACUGUUCACGUGGUGAACAUCUUGUCUUCGAUUAUGAUUCAGCGCCUCCACGAAGGAUCCGAUGCAGUCGGUGACGAGUGCAACCUCUACUUCAUGACGACCCUCUUCGACGCAACGAUUGGGAUCUUUUUGGAGUACAAGAUUGUGCGUUAUCUGGCAAUUCGAAAAGAGGCGCACCACUAUUUGCAGCGCACCCGCAAGUCUGUGUUCACGCCCACCACUGAGGAGUUGGCUGACGCCACACGCAUCGCUACUGCGGCCCUGUCUUCUGGAUCCCCGCUUGGCAUGAAUGAAACCGACCUAGAGGGACACUUGCCCGACCGUGACGAGGGUGACCAUGUCUUUGAGUCGCUGGAAUUCAGCAUGGAGGGGGGCUGGCGUCGGCGGUUCUGGCGCCACCUCGUGCGGUUGGUGACUUCGCCCAACCAAUGGGCCCGCGACAUGGGCAAUGAAAAGUUUGUGGAGAACCUGUUAUCCUGGAUGGCUAUAGUUUGCAGCCUCAAGGUUUUCAGCAUAGCUGUUUUUGCUAUAUUUUCGGGGAGCAUCAACUCCAUCGGCGACUUCAUUUUGGGUUUCUUCGAAAAAAGACACACUUUGAAACUGUUAUUCGUCAUGGUAGGGGCUCCGCUGGUACUAAACGUGUUCCAGUAUUGCGUCACCGACACGAUCAUCAAGCUUAAAACAGUGGGCAGAUCGCAUAGGACCACGAAAAUUUAA